AAGAACGACUUUCUCGACACCGCCGACAGCGACGAGGAGAACGAUGUCGGCUACAACUCUGAAGAUGAAGUGACAAAGGGCGGCCACACCGCCAAGCGACGGAAACUCGACUCGGACGAUGAGGACGAUCUUGGUAGCGACAAUGAUCGCGAUGCCAGCGACAACGAGGACGAUGCGGCCGAGGGAGGUGCAGACCUCAAGGAGGACGAGGAAGCCAAAGACGAACCCAGAAAGUCAAAACGCAAAUCAAAAGCCUCCCUAUCGACAGAACUGCCCGAUAUCACAAAGCCCCUAACAAAGAAGAACCUCGUCGCAUCCGAGGCCGCAAUCAAAAAGUCUGGCGUCGUCUACCUCUCGCGAAUCCCGCCCUUCAUGAAGCCCGCCAAGCUCCGCUCCCUCCUCGAGCCCUACGGCACCAUCAACCGCAUCUUCCUAGCCCCCGAGGACCCUGCGUCGCACGCCCGUCGCGUCCGCGCCGGCGGCAACAAGAAGCGCUCCUACACUGAGGGCUGGGUCGAGUUUGUCAACAAGAAGGAGGCCAAGACCGUCUGCGAGCUACUCAACGCGCGCACCAUUGGCGGCAAGAAGGGCAGUUACUACCGCGACGACCUGUGGAACCUGCUCUACCUCAAGGGCUUCAAGUGGCACAACCUGACGGAGCAGAUCGCCACCGAGAACGCCGAGCGCACCAGCCGCAUGAGGGCCGAGAUCAGCAAGACGACGCGCGAGAACAAGGAGUUUGUCAGGAACGUCGAAAAGGCCAAGAUGCUCGACGGCAUGGAGGCCAAGGCAAAGGCCAAGAAGAGGAAGGCUGGUGCCGAGGAGCAGGGCGAGGAUGAGGUGCGGCAGGUCAAGAGGUCCUUCAAGCAGGUUCCGCUGGCCAAGAAGAGGACGGAAGUGGAGGAACAGCCAGCAGAGGUGGCGAGAGUAUUAAGCAAGAUUUUUUAA